CUCAGAGCAGCCACUCCAGGUGACUGUUGUUGCAUUGCGUGAGGCGUGUGGAGUUUGCAAUCAUGGCGAAUUUUGCGAAACCGGAGAAUGCUUUGAAGCGAGCCGAAGAGUUGAUCAAUGUUGGGCAGAAGCAAGAUGCCUUGCAAUCGCUUCAUGAUCUUAUUACCUCGAAGAGAUACAGAGCAUGGCAGAAGCCACUUGAAAAGAUUAUGUUUAAGUAUGUGGAGCUUUGUGUUGACUUGCGUAAGGGCAGAUUUGCCAAGGAUGGUCUGAUUCAGUACCGAAUUAUAUGUCAACAAGUGAAUGUCAGUUCUUUGGAAGAGGUGAUCAAGCACUUCAUGCAUCUUUCAACUGAGAAAGCUGAGCAGGCACGUACUCAGGCUCAGGCAUUAGAAGAAGCACUUGAUGUUGAUGACCUCGAAGCAGAUAAGAGGCCUGAGGAUCUCAUGCUCAGCUAUGUCAGUGGAGAGAAAGGAAGAGAUAGGUCUGAUCGUGAAGUUGUUACUCCUUGGUUCAAGUUUCUUUGGGAAACCUACAGAACAGUGCUUGAGAUCUUGCGCAACAACUCAAAGCUGGAGGCCCUUUACGCGAUGACGGCACAUCGAGCCUUUCAGUUCUGCAAGCAAUAUAAACGAACUACUGAGUUUCGAAGGCUAUGUGAGAUCAUCAGAAAUCAUCUGGCCAAUUUGAACAAGUAUAGAGAUCAAAGAGACCGACCUGACCUUACUGCACCUGAGAGCUUGCAACUGUAUCUUGAUACUAGGUUUGAGCAGCUGAAGAUAGCUACUGAACUUGAACUGUGGCAGGAAGCAUUCCGUUCUGUUGAAGAUAUUCAUGGAUUGAUGUGCAUGGUUAAGAAAACUCCUAAACCAUCGUUGAUGGUGGUUUACUAUGCCAAACUCACAGAAAUUUUUUGGAUCUCUGCUAGCCACCUUAAUCAUGCUUAUGCAUGGUUCAAGCUAUUCUCGCUUCAGAAAAGCUUUAACAGAAACUUAAGCCAGAAGGAUUUGCAGUUAAUUGCGUCAUCUGUUGUCUUGGCUGCACUUUCAGUUUCCCCCUAUGAUCAGACACGUGCUGCGUCUCACGCGGAAAUUGAAAAUGAGAAAGAGCGCAAUUGGAGGAUGGCUAAUCUGAUUGGCUUUAAUCUUGACCUUAAAAUUGACAGAGGAGAUGUGCUUUCGAGAUCUGCUCUUCUAUCAGAACUGGUCGCCAAAGGUGUCUUGAGCUGUGCGACCCAGGAAGUAAAGGAUCUUUUCCAUCUCCUGGAGCACGAAUUUCUACCUCUCGACCUUGCUGUAAAGAUACAACCACUCUUGACUAGAAUCUCAAAGUUUGGGGGUAAGCUGGCUUCAGCUUCUUCUGUUCCUGAAGUGCAACUGUCUCAAUAUGUUCCUGCCCUUGAAAAACUUGGUACUUUGAGAUUGCUCCAGCAGGUAUCUCGGGUGUAUCAGUCUAUGAAGAUUGAUCAUCUAUCCCGGAUGAUCCCAUUUUCUGACUUUUCUGUGGUGGAGAAGAUAUAUGUGGAUGCUGUUAAGCAUAACUUUAUAGCUAUGAAAGUCGACCAUAUGAAGGGUGUUAUGAUGUUUGGUAACAUGGGUCUGGAGUCUGAUGGAUUAAAAGAUCACUUGACUAAUUUUGCUGAGUCCUUGAACAAGACAAGGGCAAUGGUCUACCCUCCUCCAGAGAGAGCAUCCAGACUAGGUGAAAUUCUGCCUUCUUUGGCAGAGACUGUAGAGAGGGAACAUAGAAGGCUUCUUGCUAGGAAAUCAAUCAUUGAGAGAAGGAAGGAAGAACAAGAACGUCAACUUUUGGAAAUGGAACGUGAGGAAGAGUCGAGGAGGCUCAUGCAACAGAAAAUAACUGAAGAGGCAGAGGCAAAAAGGCUUGCCACUGAAUCUGAAUUAAGGAAGAAACAAAGGCUCAUGAAGGAAAUCGAGGAAAAAGAACUUGAAGAAGCACAGCAACUUCUUCAAGACGUAAGCAAAAAGAAGAAGGGGAAGAAACCUCUUUUGGACGGGGAAAAGGUGACCAAGCAAACCUUACUGGACAUGGCUGUGCACGAACAGAUUAAGGAGAGAGAAGAAAGGGAGAAGAAAUUAACAAAACUCUCCAAAACAAUGGAUCACUUGGAAAGAGCUAAGAGGGAAGAGUCAGCUCCUCUGAUUGAAGCUGCAUAUCAACAACGUUUAUUGGAAGAAAGCGUACUUCACGAGCGUGAGCAACAGCUGGAAAUUGAGCUGAGUCAACAGCGUCAUGAAGGCGAUCUUAAGGAAAAGAAUAGGCUAGUGCGGAUGUUGGGGAAUAAGACUAUCUUCCAGGAGAGGGUUGUGCAUCGAAGGCAGGCAGAGUUUGAAAGGCGGAGGGCAGAGAGAGAAGAACAAAUCAGUCGAAUGAUUCAGGCCAGGAAACUGGAGAGGGAAGCAAUGAGGAAGAAAAUAUUCUAUGUGAGGUCUGAAGAGGAAAGGCUAAAGAAGCUGCAAGAAGAAGAGGAAGCCCGCAAGCAUGAAGAAGCCGAGCGAAGGAGGAGAGAAGAAGCUGAGCGCAAGGCAAAAUUAGAUGAGAUUGCUGAAAAGCAGAGGCAAAGGGAGAGGGAACUGGAUGAAAAAGCUGAAAGGCAGAAGAGAGAAUUGCUUGCUAGGCCGGGAAUUGAGCCUCGUCCAAUUGAGCCUGUGGUUCCUGCUCCGGCUGCUCCUAUUGCUGUGGCCGCUCCUGCACCUGGAAAGUAUGUUCCUAGGCAUCUGCGACAAGCUGCCCCUGCUGCAGAACCUAGGGGAAUCAGGCCUGAUGAUCGCCCAACCCUGUCAAAUGAUAGGUGGCGUAGCGAUCGCAGUGAUGAGCGAAGACCACCAGCCUUUGGUGCAGGUUCAAAACCAACAUGGUCUUCAUCCAGACCACGUUGAUUGAACCUCUGAUCAUGUAGGUGUUUGGUUGCAUGCAUGCCUGAGGCUGGAGCAAUUUUGGUUUUAUUGAGAUUGCAAUGUUCUGGGUGUUACUAGAAUUCACAAGUCAUUAUUUUCAAGUAUCCAAAGACCUAUUGGAGCGGUUACUAAUGCUUUUUUAUUUUGACUAUCUUCUCAUCAUCAAAUGCUGAAUGUAAUUCUGAUAUUUCAGAGACUUGAAGUUAGCUUUGUCC